UCAGAGCCGGUGGCUGUGGCAGUGUCGUCCAUGGCAAGGCAACGGAUAUAAGCGCACGCGAUCUUUCUUCCUUUUUUUUUCUUCCCCUACCCUGUAUUUCUCGUCUCGAGCUGCUCACGGUCCAUCCAAAGCCCGCACCAUGACCAUGCUUGGCCGCCUGUGGACUCUAUUCUGCGUCCGCGUGUGCUUUUACGCGAGCUUCGGAUUAGCGCAGAGCGCCAGAGAGGUGAUCCUGCUGGACUCGAAGGCACAGCAGACUGAGAUGGAGUGGGUAGCAUCUCCUCCGAACGGGUGGGAAGAGAUCAGCGGGAUGGACGAGAACUUCAUCCCCAUUCGCACGUAUCAGGUUUGCCAGGUGAUGGAACCGAAUCAAAACAAUUGGCUUCGGACUAACUGGAUCGAAAAAGGUGAUGCUCAGAGGAUUUUCGUGGAGCUGAAAUUCACACUACGGGACUGUAAUAGCCUGCCUGGUGUGGUGGGAUCUUGCAAGGAAACGUUCAACUUGCACUACCAGGAGACGGACGCUGAGAUGGGUAGGAAUAUCCGCGAGAGCCAGUACCGGAAAAUAGACACUAUCGCGGCAGACGAGAGCUUCACACAGGGCGAUCUGGGUGAGAGGAAAAUGAAGCUGAACACGGAGGUGCGGAUCAUCGGGCCUCUUUCACGCAGAGGCUUCUACUUGGCCUUCCAGGACGUCGGAGCGUGCAUCGCGCUCGUCUCGGUCAAAGUUUACUAUAAGAAGUGCUGGUCCAUCAUCGAGAACCUGGCCACGUUCCCGGACACAGUAACGGGAUCGGAGUUUUCCUCACUCGUUGAGGUCGAGGGAACGUGCGUCAGCGAUGCCGAGGAGGAGGCCGACAACUCUCCGAAGAUGCACUGCAGCGCCGAGGGCGAGUGGCUCGUGCCGAUCGGAAAGUGCAUAUGCAAGGCCGGGUUUCAUCAGAAAGGGGACUCGUGUGAACCUUGUGGCCGUGGUUUCUACAAGUCUUCGUCGCAGGACCUGCAGUGCUCGCGCUGUCCUGCCCACAGCUAUAACGACAGAGAAGGAUCCUGGAAGUGCGAAUGCGAGGACGGUUACUACCGAGCGCCGUCAGACUCUCCGUCCUUCGCCUGCACAAGACCUCCUUCGGCUCCACAGAAUCUGGUCUACAAUAUCAACCAGACCACCGUAACCCUUGAAUGGAACCCUCCGGCCGACUCCGGCGGCCGCGAUGACCUCACCUACCGGAUCAUAUGCAGGAGGUGCAGCUGGGAACCGGAGGAGUGCAUGCCGUGCGGAGGGAACGUUGCGUACACGCCACAGCAGAGCGGCCUCAUGGAAACUUCCAUCACUAUCAGUGAGCUGCUGCCGCACGCCAACUACACCUUUGAAGUGGAAGCCGUUAACGGAGUCUCGGACCUGAGCCGAACUCAGAGACUCUUCGCUGCAGUCAGCAUCGCCACCAGUCAGGCUGCUCCGUCUCAGGUCAGCGAGGUGAUAAAGGAACGCGUGCAGGAGCACAGCAUCCAGCUGUCAUGGCAGGAACCCGAGCAGCCCAAUGGAGUCAUCACCGAAUAUGAGAUCAAGUACUAUGAGAAGGACCAAAAGGAUCGCAUCUACUCGACAGUCAAGUCCAAGUUCACGUCGGCUACGGUGAACAACCUGAGGCCCAGCACCGCAUACGUCUUCCAGAUACGAGCGUUCACCUCGGCCGGGUACGGCAUGUUCAGCCCCAGGCUCGAGGUCACCACCAAGGACGAGUCGUCAGGAGCCGCCACGAUUGUUUCGAGUGAGCAGAACCCAGUCAUCAUCAUCGCCGUGGUCGCAGUAGCCGGCACCAUCAUCCUGGUGUUUAUGGUGUUCGGCUUCAUCAUCGGGAGAAGGUACGCUCUCGCGGCCCCCGUUGACUCGCCGCUCCUGCACUGCGGCUACAGUAAAGCAGACCAGGAAGGAGACGAAGAGCUUUACUUCCAAUUUAAAUUUCCAGGCACCAAAACCUACAUUGAUCCCGAAACCUAUGAAGACCCCAACAGGGCUGUGCAUCAAUUUGCCAAGGAACUGGAUGCCUCGUGUAUAAAGAUCGAAAGGGUUAUUGGUGCAGGAGAGUUUGGUGAAGUGUGCAGCGGCCGCCUGAAGCUUCCUGGGAAGAGGGAUGUUCCUGUGGCCAUCAAAACUCUAAAAGUAGGCUACACCGAGAAGCAGAGGCGGGACUUCCUGUGUGAAGCGAGCAUCAUGGGACAGUUUGAUCAUCCUAAUGUGGUCCAUCUAGAAGGCGUGGUCACCAGAGGGAAGCCGGUCAUGAUCGUCAUCGAGUACAUGGAGAACGGCGCGUUAGAUGCCUUCCUCAGGAAACAUGACGGUCAGUUCACGGUGAUCCAGCUGGUCGGUAUGCUGCGCGGAAUCGCCGCCGGGAUGCGCUACCUCUCGGACAUGGGCUACGUGCACCGUGACCUGGCGGCGCGCAACAUCCUGGUCAACAGCAACCUUGUCUGUAAAGUGUCUGACUUCGGGCUGUCCAGAGUGAUUGACGAUGACCCUGAGGCUGUCUACACUACCACCGGGAAGAUGCAGGCUGUAAUGAAUUUGAUGUUUACCCCAGCCAUUGACCUGCAUUUUACUGAACAGGGCGGAAAGAUCCCGGUUCGAUGGACAGCCAUGGAAGCCAUCCAGUACCGUAAAUUCACGUCAGCUAGCGAUGUAUGGAGUUACGGCAUUGUCAUGUGGGAGGUCAUGUCUUAUGGUGAACGGCCGUACUGGGACAUGUCCAAUCAAGACGUCAUCAAGGCUAUCGAGGAAGGGUACCGUCUUCCGGCACCCAUGGACUGCCCUCCAGGACUUCACCAGCUUAUGCUGGACUGCUGGCAGAAGGAGCGUGCAGACCGGCCCAAAUUCGACCAGAUAGUCGCCAUUUUAGACAAAAUGAUCCGCAACCCCAGCACAUUGAAAACGCCAGUGGGAACAUGUACGAGACCCAUCAGUCCGCUGCUGGACCAAAGCCCGCCAGACUUCAGCUCGUUCCGCUCAGUGAGCGAGUGGUUGGAAGCCAUUAAGAUGGAGAGAUACAAAGACAACUUCACAGCAGCUGGAUACAGCUCACUCGAGUCCAUCACGAGGAUGACUAUCGAGGACGUGAUGAGUUUGGGAAUCUCACUCGUCGGCCAUCAGAAGAAAGUCAUGAGCAGUAUACAGACUAUGAGAGCUCAGAUGCUUCACCUGCACGGAACGGGGGUCCAGGUGUGACGGACGGUCAGACGGGAACUUAGAAGAUAUAUACAAUAAAUAACACUAAUUAAAAAAAAAAAACCACACGACGUCUCUCUCUCUCGAUACGAUGACUCUUCCAGAAGCUGCGGAGACAGGGACUUCUUCGUUUCUUCGUUCUCUGGUGAUGGAUGUUAAGCGAAGGUGCUGAAACGAUGUACAUGUGAAAGGAAAAACGGAAGGAGAGAAAACUACCUGGAAACACGUCAGUGGAGAGACAGAGCAUUUUCUAGCAAUCCGAUGCUUUUUAACCAUUUUGUUUUUCCUGCUCAUUGUCGGUAUUGACUUCACUAGAAUACGGAUAUUUUUUACAAAUAUAACGGACAAGAAAUGCACAAAGUUAGAAUCAUUCAAUCAGUACAAAAAAAUAAAAACCUGAUACUCUCCAACGGGGACAUUUACAACUUUAACCAACGUCAAUUUCCCCAAUUCCUUUAAGUUUGACAGUUUGCCUUAUUGGAUUUUAAAGUGGAUUUGACAACAGGGUAAAAUGUUGCCACCGUAGGCAGCAGGGCAGAAGCACGGACCUCAGUGUGGACGUAACCUCAGCUUCUUCGCUCACAGUGUGAGUCCGGACAUCGCGGUGUUUUUUUUUUUUUCUUUCUUUCUUUCUUCGUCCGACUCCUCCGCGUUUGCAAUCUCAUGGGAGGAUCUUUGCGUUCCCGGUGUACGGAUGGCCGGGUUUUUACGACACGGCAGAAAGUUAAGAACUUCAAGAACCACUUCUUGACAACAACCUCCUAUAGUUUCACUAUUAUUGUUUUUUUUUUUUUUUAACACUUGAAUGCAUCUUAUUUCCCCAUUCUGUUUGCCUGCCUUUCUUUUCCUGUUAUUCUUUUUCAUGAGGUGUCUCAACGUAGAUAGCACUAUCGAAGACAGUAUUUAAUAUAAAACCGGUUCGAUCUAAAGUUAAUUGUUUGGUUUGCAAUUUUUUUUUAAUUUUUUUUUUUCCAGCUGUUGCAAAUAUUUUAUAUUUCCUCCAUAAUCCAGUCCACAGUCGGUUCUAAGUUAAACUGAUAUUACCUUAAAACCUUAGAGACAAAUAUAGACUUGAGGUACUUCUUUGGAAUGAAUAAUUCUCAAUCUAUUUCUUAAUUAUUACUAUUUUUUUUUCUUCUUUCGCAGAAUGAGCUCACUCGCUUGUGGGAACUAGACGGUAGAAGUCGAUAUAGACAGAAGGUCAUAUAUGAAUAUAAAUAUAUAUGAGUCUGGAAGAGACGGAUCAAUCAGAGCAAUAAUUACCGAGAUGGUUCUUCUUCUUCUUCUUUUUCUUCUUCUUCUUCUUCUUUGUGAUAUUAAGGUGCUAUUGUAGAUUUUUACCAUUUCUCUCGUCAGUUAAUCACAGCAGAACUCAGCAAAUGGGAAAGAUGUUGGAGAGAGAGAGAGAGAGAGAGAGAGAGAGAGAUUUAUAUAUGCGUUUCCUCUCUUUUCUGGGCUGCGGGGACAUCAAAAUUCCACAAGAAUGUACUUGUGUGUGUGUGUGUGUGUGUGUGUGUGUAUCUUCCUUCAUGAUUAGAGAGCUCAUAGAUAAAGGAAUUCGCUUUGGCAAACAUGCGGUUCAAGCCGAUUUCAGUGGCAUCCCACACCGGUCGAUGUUGGGAUCAUUCGGCAUCACAGACAGAUCACCAGUUGUUGUUUUAUAUAUAUAUAUAUUUAGUUUCAUUUUUAUUUGAUUUUAUGGCUGCUCUAAAAUUACACAGGAAGAAUAACAGUACUAAAAUGGUUAUAAACUUGUGAAAAUGGGUUUUUAUUAGUUUGG